GGACGAAGACUUCACCACAGUGCAGAUUAAUAUAAUGAUCCGAUCUAUUAACAAGAUUGAUGACUACCACAUGGAGUACAGUGUUCAGAUGACCUUCCGAGAACAAUGGAAUGAUGACCGACUCAACUACAGCAGCGAGGGAGGUCGCAUCAAGUACCUAACACUCACAGAGACGGACAAGAUCUGGAUGCCGGACCUUUUCUUCAAGAACGAGAAGACUGGACACUUCCACGACAUCAUUCUCCCCAACACCUACAUCAGGAUCUACCCCAACGGCGACGUCCUUUACAGCAUCAGGAUCUCCCUGACUCUGUCCUGCCCGAUGGACCUCAAGUUAUACCCUCUGGAUACCCAAGUGUGUGAGCUGCUGAUGGCUUCCUAUGGCUGGACAACGGAGGACUUGGUGUUCCUGUGGGAGAAGGAGGAACCCAUCCAGGUCACCAAGAACCUUCACCUGCCACGCUUCACCCUCGAGCACUUCGUUACCGAGUAUUGUAACAGCAAGACCAACACAGGAGAGUACAGCUGCCUAAAGGUGAACCUGAUCUUCAAGAGAGAGUUCUCGUACUACCUCAUCCAGUACUACAUACCCUGCUGCAUGUUGGUGAUAGUGUCUUGGGUGUCCUUCUGGCUCGACCAAUACGCUGUGCCGGCCCGUGUCGCCCUGGGAGUCACCACGCUGCUCACUAUGUCCACACAGAACGCUGGCAUCAACCAGAGUCUGCCUCCUGUGUCUUAUACCAAGGCCAUCGACGUGUGGACCGGCGUGUGUCUCACCUUCGUGUUCGGGGCGCUGCUGGAGUUCGCCCUCGUCAACUACGCCUCCCGGUCAGAUAUACAAAGAGAAAAGGUCAAGAAACAACAUCAAAGGCGCUGGGACAUGGAGAACCAGGCGGCCUUCGAAGCAGCGACCUCCAUGCUGCCCUCCACCUCCGACCAUGAACCCCACCAUGAGUCCUCCCAUCACUCCCAUGACUCCCAUAAUCACCGCUUCGAGUAUCAUCACAACCAUUACGCCGCUGAUAAUGACAACCAUAUGGUCGAGUAUCCCAGUAUGGUGAGAGAUAGGAUGGAAAACGGUGUUCCGGCCUUCGCUAUGAGACCGUUGGUGCCGCCAUUCAGAGACGGGAGCGGCGUCAACCACCUGUGUGAGGUUCACCUUCAGGGUCCACACACUAACUGCUGCCGCUCGUGGCUCUCCAAGUUCCCCACCAGGAGCAAACGCAUCGACGUGGUGGCCAGGAUCACCUUCCCGCUGGUGUUCGCUCUCUUCAACGUCGCCUACUGGAGUGCCUAUCUCAUCAGGGAGGAGGCGAAGCAGCUGUAGGUGCUCCUCCUGUGUCGACUGUCUCUCUGUCUGACUGACUCAAGGCCUGACUAUCUGCGGUGUUGACUAGCUGACUGUUUACUGACAGCUAUAUUGUUGUUAGCUGACCAUCCUCCCACGUGAUUGGUCCCCGUCAGCUGUGGUCACUACCAGUCAUGCUCCUGUCUACUGAUGGUCAUGGUGCUGCUCUCAGACAGUUACUUCAUUCCUCAUGUGGUGCCCGAGUGACUGUACCAUCCCUGACUGUCAUGAGGGGAUGGUAAGACAUAGAAAUAUUGGUAGUUGAUAAGACUGUGCUUUUAUAAUGUAACACAGAUACAGUAGUUGUUUGUACGAGGCCUGGCGGGUGGUCCUCUGCCCCGUCAACAAGCUGAAACAUUUAAGUUUUUACGCCAAAGAAAAAAAGAAACUCUGGAAAUGCUUUUGUUAUUUUAUUUAUAUAUUUAUAUCUUUAAUAUAUAAGGAAGUGUAUGUAUAGCUGUUGGUCUUACUUUGGGAUGUUAAUGAUAUGUUUCCUGUAAGACUGAUAUAGGUAUUAGAUUGUUAUAGUGAGUGACGAUGAUGAUGAUGAUGAUGGUGAUGAUGGUGAUGAUGGUGAUGAUGAUGAUGAUGAUGAUGAUGGUGAUGAUGGUGUAUGGAAUCAUCAGGUGUAUUACUCUCUAACAACAUCAUAAACUUAAUCACUCAAUACCAACUGCUCAUGACGUCCUCAGCAGCUGUUUCCUCCUGGGGUGGCAGUAGGAUGGUUGCCGGUCGUUAAUUGAAACACCUAACCAGAUCAAAACAUUCAAUACUACUUUUUUUAAAGCAAUAUCAACAGAUUAAUUAAAUUUCAGUUAGAAUAUAGUUACUCAGCUUCUCUACCCUGUACUGUUUGCUGAGGACGGUAGAGCUGAGUCACGUACAGCUGAGAGAUCUAUUGUAAGAUGAAAUUUUUAUCACAACAAAGAUUAAUCCUGAGAUGAUGGAUUCAAAUACAUGAUAAUAUGUAUAGGAACCUGAGUGUGUGUCUGUCUGUUUAUACAAAUGAAUGACAGAUAAUACAUACAGGGUGUCUCAGAAAUAUAAAUACAUAUUGCCUGACAGAUUUGCGUGGAGAUGAUGUGAAUGUGUUAAACCAGGAACAUUGUCCUCCUGGCUUGUUGACGUUCGAGGUCUCCCACAGGUGAGGACAAUGUUGCUCUUAUAAUACGAACAUUCACACUAUCUCAACCAACAUUUGUUAAGUAGAGUAUAUAUUUCUGUACGGUAUUUUAAUGUUUGUUAGUUUAUAUUUGCAUUGACAAACAUCCAAACACGGGUGUCAGCAGGCUCUUUAAAACACUCAAAUACAAUUGUUUUUUACCAUUUAAAUCGACCAGUUGUGAAUGCCAUUGUACAUAGAUUAUAAACCAACUGAUAUUUGUUACUUUAGCUCAUGAUGUCUGGUG